AUGUCCAAAGCUCACCCCGAUUUCGAGCAGCUCCAAGCUUCCCGCCCGGACUUCCGUCACGAUGCCGAGGUGAUCGUUUCCAAGUCCCCAAACCCGACCUGGAAACAAGGCGAUGGUGCCAACGACGGCGGAGAAAGCCUCAAAAAGGAUCACGUCGAGAUCGACCCCUAUGCCGAUGGCCGGCCCGUCGCGUCCAACUACAAGCUCCUGAUCUCGGGUAUGGUGCCACGACCUAUCUCCCUGAUCAGCACGCAAUCGGCAGACGGGAAGAUUACGAACCUGGCACCGUUCAGCUACUCGCAGCUCGUCAACCAUGAUCCGCCCUUGUUUGUCGUCGGGUUUGUGGGCUCGCUGGAGAGGGCCAAGGAUACGUUGAAGAACCUGAAUGAUACGAAGGAGUGCGUGAUCAAUAUCAUCUCAGAGCACUUCCUCGAAGCUGCUAAUUCGACUUCGAUCAAUGCGCCCUACGGCCACUCGGAGUGGGAGGUGUCGGGCCUCACCAAGGGCUCAACGUCCGUGGUUAAGCCUGCGCGCGUAAAGGAAUCGAUCCUGGCGAUCGAGGGGAAGUUGGUCGAGGUUAAGGAGUUUGAGAGCCGGGCUACUCCUGGAAAGCCGAGUAGUGUGCUGGCCAUUAUUGAGGGUGUGCGAUUUUGGGUCCGCGAGGAUGCGAUUGACGAGGAGCAGACUGCCAUCGACCUUAAGGUCCUUAAGCCGAUUAGUCGGCUGGGUGGUAUCUCGUAUGGCCGUACCACCGAGGUGAUUGAGAUCCCCCGCCCACAAUUUUAG